CAUGACAAUCUCUUCAGUUAGCACCGGAGUUUGGACCUUAUCUAAAGGACUCUUUCUUCACUAAGAACUGCCAACCAAAUCAACACAGGAAGAUGGCAAAGCUGAUGUUUGCUGUUGUAGUUGCUGUUGCAUCCCUCAUUGUUGCCGAGUCCCUGGUUUGCAACAAGUGCACCUUUGGUCUGCUGGGAUUCUGCUUGGGUGCAGCAAAUGAAACCUGCCCAGAUGCGAACAGUACCUGCUUUAACUCUGUUUCAACCUUCCCGGCAAUCACAAGCUUCAAGGGUUUUAGCUUCCAAGGCUGUGCGUCUAACAACUCAGGAUGCGGCGCAGUCUUCACAAGCACAUUCUUGGGCACCACCUACUCCACCAACUACACCUGCUGCAGCACAGACAGAUGCAACACGGUGGUCAGCGCCGCCCCAUCCAGCAAAAUUGCUCUUUCUGCAGCCAUCGGUGCCUCCAUCCUGGCUUUCAUGUUGAGCAUGUGAUGACAUCACAACAACCAACUGUCUUUACAAUCUUCUGAAAUCUGUUUUAUCCCUUAAUAAAAGCUCUGUUGGAACUGAAGCCAUGUGAUUUGAGCUACUCAGUCCUAGAUGAGGUUUAGUUAAUUUAAACUCAACUUCAGGCUAAGAAACUCAUCAUGGAAGUGCAGCAAUGACAUGUUUAAGAAAAACAUCAAGCUGUUUUGUGAUGUUUGUUUUUUUGCUUUGUAAGUGUCUUUUGAUCCAAACAGGAAUAAAAAAUCUUGUCUCUUACUA